AUGGCGGAAAGUGAAUUGAAUGUCGAUAGCUUGAUCGCACGACUUCUUGAAGUUCGAGGAUGUCGACCGGGCAAAACAGUUCAGAUGACCGAAGCUGAGGUCCGAGGACUUUGCCUUAAAUCUCGAGAGAUAUUUUUGAGUCAACCAAUAUUGUUGGAACUUGAGGCACCUCUAAAGAUUUGUGGUGAUAUCCACGGACAGUACACAGAUCUGCUUAGACUGUUUGAAUAUGGUGGAUUUCCUCCUGAAUCAAACUAUCUCUUCUUGGGAGACUAUGUGGACAGAGGGAAGCAGUCACUAGAAACUAUUUGCUUGUUGCUAGCCUACAAAAUAAAGUAUCCAGAAAACUUCUUUUUGUUAAGAGGAAAUCACGAAUGUGCAAGCAUUAAUCGUAUUUAUGGAUUCUAUGACGAAUGUAAAAGACGAUUUAACGUUAAAUUGUGGAAGACAUUUACGGAUUGUUUCAACUGCUUACCCAUUGCUGCUAUCAUUGAUGAAAAGAUUUUCUGUUGUCAUGGAGGAUUGUCUCCAGAUUUACAGUCUAUGGAACAGAUUAGGCGAAUCAUGAGACCAACGGAUGUUCCUGACACAGGCUUACUGUGUGAUCUGUUGUGGUCAGACCCAGACAAAGAUGUCCAAGGCUGGGGUGAAAAUGACCGAGGCGUAUCUUUCACAUUUGGUGCAGAUGUUGUUAGCAAAUUCCUGAACAGACAUGACCUUGACCUACUAUGCAGAGCUCACCAGGUUGUUGAAGAUGGUUAUGAAUUCUUUGCCAAAAGACAGUUGGUGACUCUGUUUUCUGCACCCAACUACUGCGGAGAGUUUGACAAUGCAGGUGGAAUGAUGUCUGUGGAUGACACACUGAUGUGCUCCUUCCAGAUUCUGAAACCUUCGGAGAAGAAAGCCAAGUAUCAGUAUGGAGGUUUGAAUUCAGGACGGCCAGUGACACCUCCUCGCGGUCCAUCGAAGAAGAAGAACUGACAGGAAGCGUAAUAAUCAAAUAAUACUGAUCACAUUGGUGAACCUUUUAUUAUAUGCAAUGGCUGAAGAGCUUUUCAUGUUGCCAGCUGACCACUAAAGUGGGCACUAUUCCACAAAUUUGACAGUAUUUUUACGAGUUACAUCGUGUUGCUGUGAAAUUCAUUGCAUCAUUCUAGUGUGUAUCUGUUGGCCACAGUAGUGCACAUUUUUAAUAAAUGUUUUUGAGUUAAAAAAAAAAAAUGUAUAUAUUAAUUAUAAGCUUGGAAGGCGAUCAGGAGGGCUGUGAACAGGUCCUGUAAUAAACAUUCAUAAUGAAUCUAGUUUUAUUUUGUACAUGGACAAAGUUAAAAAAAAAAAAAAAUUCUUUGAUCCUGUGUAACCAGAAAUUAACUCAACUAAAAGGACUUGUAGAUGAAAAGAUGCUUUGGAAAGUUAAUCCCAAUUAAAAUGUUACUGUUAUUUUUAUUUCUACAUACUAUUCUUAGAAUUGUAUAUUGUAUUAUUUGGUUGGUUUUGUUUAGCAUUAUUAGUAAAUACUCUUAUUAAUUUAAGUUACUAGAGCAUUUUGAGGAUAUUAACUGGACCUAAGAAAAUCUAUUUAUUUUCUAAUUAUCUGUUCCAUUAAUAAAAAAAACUUGAGACCACUAAAACGUGGUUGUGGAAAAUCAGAUCGGUUUUAAGUAGAGAAAAGUAACAUUGUCAAUACCUUCUAAAAAAAAAAGUAGUUUUUGGCUAAACUUCUAAAAGCCUUGUCCUGUUUGCAUUAGAUCCCAUUGCUUGUUCCAUUAAUUAUAUUUUACUUUCAAGUACCCUAAUGUAAUAAAAAAAUAUAUAAUAAUACAAAAUUGUAAACAAUGAUAAUAUUUUCAUUAUUUCCUUAACAACAACAAAAAAGAUGCAUAUCUCCAUUUGACUGAUGUACAAUAUAGCUAUACUUUGGAACAUAAAGCAGAAAGGGAGGGAGAUUAGUAUGGAUAUAUAUUUUUCAACAUAUCUUUUCAUACAUAAGCUGACCUCACCUGGAAUUACACAGUAUUAAUUAAUUAGUCCUUAUUUUUGUGUUUAGAAGAAUGAAAAUGUUAAAACCACCAUAACAGUAAAAAAAUUAACCAUACGGUACUUUGACAUGUUUUAUGAUGCACUUGUUAUUAUUUGACAGUAAUGGUAUGAGCUUUUAGUUUAUGUUAACUUUGUCUCAGUGUAUUCAGAAAAUGUAAAUACUAGGUAACCAGCUUCAUGCAUAUCGGUAAUACUCGCCAUGGAUAAAGGACCAACAGUAGUCACAUGUUAUCCAAGGCUCUGGUCGUGUGACAUGCAAGCUGCAUUGCACCACAGAACAUUGUGGCAUAUAUUUGUGGGUGUAUGUCAGUGCUUUAGAUCCAUAAUCUAAGAUAAAAGUCUACUUAACAAUAGUUCCACAGAUAAUAUGUGGUUUGUGGUGAUUCUUUUGUUUUCUUCAGUACGACAUUAGUUACCUUUAAAUUUUAAGUACUGGUCAAAACUUUCAUAAACUGUUAGAUGGAAUGAUGAUUGAACAGCUUUGCCAAAAUAUAACACAACAGUUUUCCUCAAACAUUCAGUAUUGUUCCGUCAGGUGUUCAAAGUUGAGAGAUUGAUAUUUGUUUUAAUUUUAAUACCCCAAAUCUAAUAACAAUAUUUAAAAAAGCUCUAUGUUUUAUAACUAAUAGGUCCAUUUUUUUGGACUACAUUAUAUUGAUUUCUUUGUAAAUUUCAAACACAAAAUUAAUUUUUAACUGAUGUGGUCCAGUUGCAUGUGCCUUACAUGUAUGUCCAUUUCUAAUACCAACCAGUAGGAGGCAACAUCUUGUUUGUUAUUAGUUUUUCUUGCUCAUUUGUUGUCUAUUUAUUUUCUUGUUAUUGUUGUCUCAUUCUAACACCAAUGUUACUGCAGUUAGUGUGUACAUUUAUAUUUGUUGAAGUGCCUCAUAAAAUAUUCUAUUUCAACUUUGCAUUACCUUGAUAUUUCUAGAUUAACAUGACUGUUGAUGUUAUUUAAAACCAUGCUUAAAAAGAAUUUUGAUAUGCUCUAGCCUGAACAGUCAUUUUAAAUUAAUAGGAUUUUAUUUUUAAUUAUUAUUUUUGUUUGUGUAUUAUAUUGCGAGGAGAUGUUUAGGCUGAAGAAAGAAAGUGAAUUGUGAGAUUUUUUAAUGCGUACGCAUCUGUAAAUUUAUUGUAAACAGUACUUUUGUAUUGUUGGCCCAAGAGAGGCCUCUUGUAUUCAUUGUACUAAGAAAUAUGCAGCAGCUUGUUUUUUUUUAACUUAACAGUCUUUUCAAACUGUCAUUUGGUGUAAAAAGUCCAAAACUAAUCUAUGCAGUGCUGUGAUCAUAAUGUAUUUCUAGUUUUUCUUUUUUUAAUUCAGCAUACAAGUGAACAUGAAUUAACAAGACUUGACCAUUUUGAGUAAAUGUGGCCUGUAUUAAAGGUGGCCUUAUUAAUAGAUGAAAAAAAAUUAAUAGGAUGAUUAUGCAAGAGGUUGAUUUUUCAUUGCUUUAAUAUUAGUUUCAUUGUAAAGUCCUAUGCUUUUAAGGACAGAUAUUCAUGUACAUGUAUAAUAUCAUGCAAUGUGUAUUACGAUAACAAAAUUAUCAGAUUGUAUCAUUGCUUUUUUCAAUUUACCAGAGCAAUACAAAUGACAUUUAAGACAAAAAAGAAAGAAACGUAAUACAAAUUAUUUUUGUUUGUGUUAGUGAGCAUUAAAACCUAAAUUAUUAUAAUUAUAAAUAUCAUUUAGUGUUUGAUUUUUUUUGAUUUUUUUUUAAAUAACAAAUUGCAUGCCCACAGUGUGAUGAAGUUGUUUCUGAGAUAGAUCUAUAAUUGUUUUUAUUUCAUCAGUGUAUAAAGCAUUGCUGAAAACAUACAAUGUGUAUGCAACAUAUAAACCCAGGAAAGAUUUCACUCAAUACAUCCCUACUUUUAUCAACUCUUCGGAGCAUUAAAAGCUUUUAAAUGCAAGCUAACUACUAUACUUUGGUAAAUAAUUGAUGGAUAAAAGUAUGGAUUUCAGAUGGAAAUCUUUUAUAUGUACAUUUGGUUGAUAGGGUGUGAGUGAGUGGGUGUCUGUAUCUGAGAAAAUGAAGCAUCUUUUAUAAUAGAAUAGAUGAAUUUUGCUUGUGUUGUAACUAUUCUAAUUAACUAAUGUUCAAACUGCUUUCCAAGCCUGAUACCCUUGUUAUAUAUGUUCUACGAAUUUUUGAUAUGUGUAUGUAUUCAAGAAUAUGUUGUAUAUAACAAAUUUUACUUUUACAGUGAAAUUAAAGUUUUUCUUGUCUAAUUAGGGCAAGAAGGGCAGAAGAUAUGUUAAGAUUACAUGUAUCUUAGCAUCUAUAAAAGAGCAGUCAUAUUUUCAUAAAUAUGAAACCUAAGUAAUAAAAGAUGUAAACGUGUUAUUUUUUCAAAUAUUAUAAGUUUCUAGGACUUUCUAAGAUGUUUGAUGUUUUAUUAUUAUUUUGUUUAAAAAAGGGAGAAGAAAAAUCUCAUAUCAUCAUAGUUUUCAACAGGAAAUAUUUUUUUCUGUAUGUAGCAAACAUUUUAAAUUUAAUUUGAUUGAUUAAAUGUAGAAAACAGUUUAUUAUAGACUAUGUUUUCACUAAAGUUUUGGUAUGUACUUUAACUCAACCACAUAGUUUUUUUAAAACUGAAAUAUUUUGUUGUAUACAUUUAUUAAUUCUUUGAAGUGUCAUUGAAAUUUUAAAAUGAUUUUGUACCCAGAAAUUAUGAAAUACCGUAAAGAAAUCAUAUUGGAUUGAAGAUUGUCACUAUCAAGAGAUUUUUCAGUUUUAUAUAGGUUAUAGGUUACAAAAACCAGACCCCCUAAUCUCCAAAAAAGUAAACAAACCUUUAACUUUUAGUGUAGCAUGAAUCUCAUAUAAUGGAGUUAACAUGUUUACACUCGUAAUCAUUUCUUUUUCCACAUCUUCCACCAGUGAAAAAAGUAUCUUCAUAUUCAUUGAUUUGAUUAAACAAUAAAUGUAUUGAACUUGUUUGAAAUUUGUUAUAUAUUGAAAGUGAUUAAAAUUGAGACAGUGUCAUUUAUGGACUAUUUCAGACAUUAAAUCCAUUAAAAAAUGUAUUAAACAUUUAUAUUAAUUUGAAACUAGGCCAUUAUUUUAAAUGUUUAAAUAAAUAAAAAAGUUGAUUUCAGCAUUAGAAGAAAUUGAAAAACAUUAUUUUUAUUAGUAUAUCGUCCUGCUGAUAAAAACAUUGAAAUAUAGUUGAAAAGUUGUACUUUUGUUAACAUGUUUUAACAGUUAUAUUAAUUUGGUAGUAUAUUUGUUAUGCAGUUAACAUUUGUUUGAAUAUUGAACAAUGUCAUAAUAAUUUUAAUUUUAAUGCAUUGCUUUUGUUUGUAUUUUGCUGACCACAUUGCAGUGUUAUUUAUAAAUUACCACAAUUUGAUUCAUUAUGGGUGUGGCCAGUACAAUUUGCUGUGUGUUCUGGACUGGUUACUAUAUUAUUUUGCUUUAUAUAUGUUUAUAUAUACACAAUACACACAAACACAAUACAUACACAUACGUACAUAUGUUAUUUAGUUUACCAUCUUAGUCAUAGAUUAUUAGGGUUGUCACUGCUGAGAAACUUAACUAUUGAAAAAUCUAUUUGAGGAAUAAAUUUUAUAUUUGAA